AUGGACAUUAAUUUCCAAGGUUUAACAAGAACAUCAAGCUUCACAGACUUGUCAUCAGCUCGAAAAUUAAUAUUCCAACAAGUGACAGCUUCUGAUGGUCUGGUUAAACAUUACAGCUGUGAGCAGAUUUUUGACAAGAAUUCAAACGUCAGACAAGUAAAAGUUUCAACGCUAAUAACAUCAGCAGGCAAGCCUCAGAGCGAAGAAAUCUGGACCACAAGCUUCCCACGUGUGUCAAGCUGCGUAAAAAACCCGAAGUCAUCUUCCUUGAACAAGCUUCCGAUGCAAAUAAAAGAAAAGUCAGAACCUUGUCAUCUACCGGCACUAAAUUUAAGUCUCUUGCAGAUAUCUGAUGAUUCACGUCGCGGAACUUCUUGCGAAUUAAAAAAACAUAGACGCAGUCGGUCGAGUUACGACGACCGCCGAAGAGCAGACUCGCCGCUAUCUGUCCGAAAACCUGCUUUAGAUAUGAAUGUCUCCAAAGAUCCAGAAUUAAAAGUUCAAGGUGAUUCCAAAAACAAGGAAGCUAUCGAGGACUUGAAAAAAAUCCGACCUUUAGCCCAAGAGUUCACCGUGAUGCCCGCGAGGUCCACCAGGUCCGUCAAGCUCUUGUUCUUCGGAUUAGUGGCCUUGAGUGUCUUAAUUAUCUCCAGCCUCAUCACGGAGAUCUACGAGCCGUCGUUCGACUUCAGGAACGCCAGCUUGGAGCUCAGUCGGAAGAUCUACGGGCAAGAUCUCGCUGUGGUAAAAUUGUCUGAGUAUUUUCAGGAAAAUUCUCUGGACUUUAAAGUCGUCGCCUUGGUUGGAGGCACUGGAGUUGGAAAAACUUACGCAGGGAAAAUUAUAAAGAAACAUUUUCCUCAUACUCAUAAUAUUUAUGAGUACAUCCCGCCGCUAGCUGACGUCAUUCCUGAAGCUUAUGAUAUUCUGUCAGCCUUACACUCCAAUUUGGUGGUCCUGGAAAAUUUGAGGCUUAAAGAUCUCCAGGAUUUUGUUUACUUUGUCAGGUAUUUCUUUGAACAGAAGAACAGACCGAAGGUCAUUAUUCUUGCGAUGAUAAAUCCUGAGACAGUGGAUAAUAAUUUGAGGAAGUCGCUUGAUUUGGAGAUGAGUAUCAGGAUUAUUCAAGAAGCCUUUUUGAAGGUUGAUGUUCCUGUUAAGACUGUUGCUUUUCAACCUUUGGGACCGGAAGGUCUGGAAGCUUGUGUUAGAGAAGAAGCGAGGAAGUUGAAUUUUAAGAUUAAUGAUCUUCAAGUUGAAGAAGUUAAGAAGAGUAUCAUCUCUUCACAGAGCGGGUGUAAAGGCGCGUAUGCUAAAGUUCAACUUUAUGUUAAGUGA